CCCUUUAAUUUUUGUUCUGUUUCUUUUUCAGUUCUGUUGGUUCCAGUUCUUGAUACUUCUUCAAACUUCUUUCACUAGCCAUAUAUAGGCUACUAAUAAGCCCAUCAAUGGCAUUAUUCAUUUCUGUAACAGUGUUUUUGAUCCCUAACAUUCCUUUUUAAUUCUUUCUUAGAAUUUCUAUCUUACCUCUUACAUUUUAUAUCCAUUGUCGCAAGUUGUCUAUUUUUUUCCAUUAGAGCCAUUAGCAUUAAUAAUCAUGGUUGUUUUGAAUUCCUGUUUUCAUAUUUCUCAUAUCUCUGCCUUUUCGGAGUUUGGUUCUGAUGCCUGCUUUCUCUCUUCAAACAUCUUUUUUUUUUUGCCUUUUAGCAUGAUUUCUAAUUUUUUGUUGAGACCUAGACAGGAUGCAGUGAGUAAAAGGAACUCCACUAAGAAGGCCUAUAGUAAAAUGUGGGUAGGGAAGACACUGUCUAGUACAAUGACAAUGGCUAACACAAUUUGUGCUGUGAGCUUCACAAGUGCUUCUCAGCUUUUUCUCCCCUUGGAUAGAAUAAGGUGGCCCCCAGGGAUUAUGAUUGGGUAUUUCCUCUUGCUUAUGUGGAAAGCUAAAGCAGGCUGGAAUAUUUGGAAUGUACAUUUAAAAAAAUGACUUUUCAACAGAUUUUUAAAAACUAUGUCAUUAGCCACUUCUAUAUUCUCAUUUGACGUCUCUAGCAGUUUGACAUAAUUGAAAAUGUAUGCUUUCUAUACUUUUAAACACUUUGGUAUCUUGAUUCUAUAACCUCUUGAACUUCUUUUAUUUUUUUUUAAAGAUUUAUUUAUUUAUUUGAAAGUCAGAGUUACACGGAGAGAGGAGAGGCAGAGAGAGAGGUCUUCCAUCCUAUGGUUCACUCUCCAGAUGGCUGCAACGGCUGGAGCUGUGCCAAUCCGAAGCCAGGAGCCAGGAGCUUCUUCCAGGUCUCUCACGCUGGUGCAGGGGCCCAAGGGCUUGGGCCAUCUUCUGAUGCUUUCCCAGGCCAUAGUAGAGAGCUGGAUUGGAAGAGGGGCAGCCAGGUCUCAAACCGUGCCCAUAUGGGAUGCCAGCACUUCCGGCCAGGUUGCUAACCCACUGCGCCACAGCGCCGGCCCCAACUUACUUCUAUCUUAAUAAUGUUCUUUUUAAGUCCCUUUUAGGGCUUGUCUUGUUUUUCAGUUCCUCUUUGUUUGCUCAGAUAAAUGGGAGUGAACCCCUUGGCUUAGUCCAGAACUCCUUUUUCUUCCUUACUUAUAAUUGCUCCCUAGGUCAACUCAUUUAGUCCAAUGGCUGUAAAGAUUAUUUAUAUAUCAGUGAUCUCCCCAAAUAAUGUUUCUAACUAUGCCCUCUCACUACCUCCACUUGAAUGGUUAAUAGGCACCUCAAAUAUAGCAUAUUGCAAAUAAAGGGUGCUUCUUUGUCCUCCAGCGUUCUAAGUCUACUACAUUUCAGAAAAGAGCACCACUAACUGCAGAGUUGCUUAGGCCCAAAGCAAGGCAUCAUUCUUGAAUUCUUUCUUUCCCUUAAGUGUUACAGAAUCAUGACUAUGAAAAGUUUUGUUGACUGUACCUUGAAACAUGUUCUAAAUUCAUUUGUUUUUCUUCACUUCUACUGCCUAACUAGCCCAUGCUGCCAGUAUUACCUCUUGCUUGGAUUACUUCAGGAGCUUCCUGACUGGUUGUGGCCUCCAUUCUUUAUAGACUAUCCAGACUAAUUUUAGAAGGUUUCCGGAAAUUCUCUGCAGGAAUCGCCAUGACCCCAGCUUUGAGGGAGGCAACAACAAAGGGAAUCUUCUUUUCAUCUUUGCCAAGUGCCAUGGAGUCUGACAAGAUGCUAUGCAUUGAAAGUCCAAGAACUGUGGAUGAAAAGCUAACGCGAGACACUUUCUCUCAGAUGCUGGGAUUUCCUACUUCUGAAUCUACUCUUAAUACUAAUUUUGUGAAUUUAAAACAUUUUGGCUCCCCACAGUCUUCAAAACAUUAUCAGACAGUGAUUUUAAUGAGUUCUAAUUCCGCAUUAAAUAAAUACACUGAGAGUUACAACCAAAAGGCAUCAGGGGAGCCCAGUUGCAAUAAACUGAAAAGCAUAUUGUGUAAUGGCAAAAACAUUCAGUUAAGUAAAAUCUGCCAUUCUCACUCUGAAGAGUUCAUCACAAAAGAACCUCUAUCAGAUACCACAAGUCAGUGCAUGAAAGACAUACAAAUUAUUUUGGAUUCAAAUAUAACCAAAGACACGAAUGCAGAUAAAGUGCAACUGCAAAACUGUAAAUGGUACCAAAAGAAGGCACUUUUGGAUAAGCUUAGUGAUGCUGAGAUUAAAAAGGGUUCAUUGAACUGUGCUCAAAAGAAAAUUGGACCUGGCCACUCAAAUGUUCUUAUUAGUUCCACAGCUGCUGAAAAAGAGGAGGAAGUGAAUGCUCGGCUACUUCACUGUGUAAGCAAACAGAAAAUUUUACUUAGCCAGGCUAGAAGAACUCAGAAACAUUUGCAGAUGCUCCUGGCAAAGCAUGUUGUUAAGCACUAUGGUCAGCAAAUGAAAUUUUCUGUGAAGCAUCAGCUCCCCAACAUGAAGAUCUUUCAUGAACCUACCACAAUUAUGGAUAAUACUUCAGCUAAAUGCACUGAAGUUAAGCCCGAAGUUAAUAUAUUGACUGCAGAGAAUAAAUUGUGGAAUGAUACAAAAAAUGGCUUUGCACAGUGUACAGCUGCAGAAAUCCAAAGAUUUGCACUGUCUGCUACAGGGUUGUUGUCUCAUGUUGAAGAGGGGCUGGAUUCUGAUGCUACUGAUAGCAGCUCUGAUGACGAUUUGGAUGAAUAUGCCAUUAGAAAAAAUGUGGCAGUUAACUGUAGUACUGAAUGGAAGUGGCUUGUAGACAGAGCAAGAGUUGGCAGCCGAUGGACUUGGCUUCAAGCCCAGAUUUCAGAGCUAGAAUACAAAAUCCAACAACUAACCGACAUUCACAGGCAUAUUCGUGCUUCCAAGGGGAUAGUGAUUCUAGAAGAAUGUCAAGUUCCAAAAGACAAUCUGAAAAAACAAAUACAAUAUGCAGAUCAAGCAUCUUCAUUAAACACUGCAGGGAAUCCUCAGAUUUCCCAGGAGAGUCAAGAUCCUUUCCCAGAACAAGAUUUUGAGAUGUCACCUAGCAGUCCUACAUUACUUCUUCGAAACAUAGAAAAACAGAGUGCACAGUUAACUGAGAUCAUCAACAGUUUGAUUGCCCCUCUCAACUUGUCCCCAACUUCAUCACCCCUCUCUUCUAAAUCCUGUAGCCAUAAAUGUCUGGCUAAUGGCAUUUCCAAGAGUGCUUCAGAGAAUUUAGAUGAGCUCUCUUCCUCCAAUAGCUGGUUACUUAACCAGAGGCACAGUAAGAAAAGGAGAAAAGACAGGACAAGAUUGAAAUCUCCAUCCUUGACUAUCACGAAUACAGCAGCCCGAACAAGGCCACUUCAAAGUUUCCACAAACGAAAACUCUACAGAUUGAGCCCUGCUUUUUAUUGGACUCCACAGACUUUGCCUUCAAAAGAAGCAACACUUUUAAAUACUACACAAAUGCCAUCUUGUCUACAGUCAGCUUCAGCUUGGAGUAGUUAUGAACACAAUCCAAACUCUCAGAUAUUAAGAGAACAUGUAUCAGAGUUAGAUCCUGCUUUUCAUUCUGUCCUAUCAUUGCCAUCAGAUGUGCCUCUUCAUUUUCACUUUGAAACCUUAUUUAAAAAGAAUGAAAUAAAAGGAGAUCUUGAUGAAAAUAAAUUUGUAGGCGACUGUGUCAUAGCUCCAACAGCUGUACAUAGUACUUCUUUGAAUCAAUGGAGAAAUGGAUAUUCACCUACGUGUAAACCUCAAAUAAGGUCAGAAUCUUCUACACAACUAUUACAGGGAAGAAAGAAAAGACAUUUGAGUGAAACAGCUUUAGGAGAAAAAACUAGAUUUGAAGAAUUUGCUUUUCAACACACAGAACCAGGAUCCCAUAACAAUUUUACUGCUGUUUCUAAUGUUAACAUUAUCUCAAGAACCCAGAAUUCGUCAUCUCAGAAUACUACACGAAGGAGAUUGAGAAGUGAGAGCUCUUAUGACAUAGAUAACAUUGUGAUUCCCAUGUCAUUAGUAGCCCCAGCUAAGUUAGAGAAACUCCAAUACAAAGAAAUACUUACUCCAAGCUGGAGGAUGGUUGUUCUUCAGCCUUUGGAUGAAUAUAAUCUAGGUGAAGAGAUAGAAGAUCUUUCUGAUGAAGUCUUCUCCCUAAGACACAAAAAAUAUGAAGAGAGAGAGCAAGCCAGGUGGUCACUCUGGGAACAAAGCAAGUGGCACAGAAGAAACAGCAGAGCUUUCAGUAAGCACACUGAAGGACAGGACUUGCUUUUCAAAGAGUACCCCAGUGACUUUCAUAGUGGUCAACAAUGUCCUGCUGAAAGUACUCUGAAGUUUUCUUCAGAGAAUCAUGAUCUUUGUGCACAUGGCUCACCUUCUUUAAGUGAAAGUCAAGAAAUCAAGUCUCUGUGGUGGGACCGACGGGCUUUUCCACUGAAAGAUGAAGACACAGCAGCUUUAUUAUGCCAAGAUGAAAAAAAGGAUCAGACAGAAAAGUCAAGCACAGCUCUGCACAGUGAACUCUUCUGUGCCAGUGCAGAGAAUGGCCACCAUCCAAAAAAGCAGUCAGUUGGAAUGGAAGAGUACAAAACUUUUGACCUGGGACUCAUUAAUGUUAAGAAAAAUAGGUGACACCGAACAGGUUAAGAAAACUAUGUAACUGAAGGGAAGACAGAAGAAAAAAAAGCUUGUUCUAGAUCCCUCACCCUCUCUGGUCACAAUUCCAGAAUAAGAGCGUGUACUGCAUGUAUUAACCUUUUAGGCUGUUUAUGAAACAGGCAAGAUAAGUCUCUUUUUCCUUCUUGAACCACAGCAGUAACUAGUUUUUCCCUAGACAAGUGCUAGUCAUUUGUGUUUAUCACACAAAUUACAAGCACCAGGAUACUAACAACUGCAAUUUGAUGGCAAAUCAUAUUACUGAGUAAUUUUUAAGACUAUAUACCACAUGUGCAUACAAACACACACACACAAGUAUGUGCAUCAAAUGACAGCUAUUAUUUUUCUAUACAUGUCAGUUCAUUAAAUUUGCAUUAGAAAUAUAUUAGAAUAUUCAAAUGUGUGUUUAGGAUAUAUAUACAUACAUACACACACACACAUACCACACAUGUAAUUUUAAAACUACAUUGGCAAUGACCCACUCCACUUGCAAGUGCAUGUAUGAACUACCCCCUAUAAAAUGUAAGGUGUAAUAUGCUCAUAUUUAAAGCAGUUUUCCACUGAUAAAAAAUAUCCAAAACUCUUGACUAUGGAGAGGAAGCUCAUUUAAAAAAAAAAUGUAACCAUAGAAGUUAUUUAUGGAAAUCUUUAUAUCAGAUAACACAAUACUCAUUUAUUCAAAAUCACUGGUAUCAGUUGGACUAACCAUAGGCUACUUUGUUUACUCCUAAUAAAGAAAAGCAAAUUAGAGUUAAAUAUUGGUGCAUUUUAAAACAUUAAUUUUGAAAACUCAACUUAAGUUUUACCUACUGUGUUCUCCUGAAGAGAAGAUAUCAAUUUAAGAUUCUCAACAAGUUAAUCUUAUCAUUACAAAAUUUUUUAAAUGGUUGUAUUUCUAAGUAGCUAGAAUUACUAGUUUCUAGCUAAUCUAGAAAUACUGUUAUAGUUCUAGCUAAUUUGGUCAUUCAUUGCCAUAGUUUAUUCAAAUAAACAUCUAUUCUUACUUUCCUCCUAGAUUGAGAAGUAAAAUUUUUCAAAGGACAUCCCUUCAAUAUUGGAUACUGAAGAGUACAUUAAGGAAAAUCCCUUUUGAAGCUAUUAUACCACUUUUGUUUUCUAUGUGAAAGUUGACAAUUUAUAUGAAUCACUUUGUCAUGUAAAAAAGGUUAUUAAAGUUACAGUACCCUUAUAACUGAAAAUUCUGGCCAUUUAACCUAGUCUGUUGGAUUUGACACUAAGUUAUUGUUAGGGAUUAGAAAUUAUACUGGUCCCUUAAAAGGGAGAAAAUAUUCAAAUUCAAUACUGACAAACUUUUGCUUGUAGUUUUACUAUGCAUUUAUUUUUUAAGAAAAAACAAAAGCCAGACAAACACAAGUUGUCCAGGCAAAUAAACUCACAAUCUUUGUCACAUCUGAUAUAUUAUAAUCUUUAUGUAAGUUUUUUAAUUAAAGUUAUUUCUAUAUACCUUGUGUUGUUUGAUUUGAUUACCUACCAUGUAUACAUGGCAUAAACCUUUCAUAAGCCAAAAUAAAAAGUAUCAAGCCAAUUUUUACCUCUUAAUAUAGGGACAAAACCUGAGCAACCAUUGUUCUAUUCAUGUUGAUAGUCCUAUUUUUCAAAUCAUCUUUCUCAAAACUCAUACUGGCCUCAAGAAGGAUGAUGCUGAUCCUGUUAUUUCUUACCAUAUUUAUUACAUAGCAAAAGGAUUUAGAAGAACGAAGUAGUUGAAACAUAUCUGUAGUGUCUGUAUAACACAAUUAUAUUUAGUUUACGGAUUAAUUCUGUACCAAGUCAUCUCUUUGCCUACCUGAACUUUCUUGUAUUAAAUAUUUAUCAUUGGGGGUAAAGAUUCAUAGUUCCAGAAUAUUCUCAGCCAUCUGGUUCUGUUACACAACAACAAUAUUAGAUUGGAAAUAAGACUAUGUUAAGUAAAAGAAGCUUCUUUUGAAUAACCUACCUCCCAAGGAUUUCACUGUAAAGAUUAACUACUAGAAAUCCUGUCUUAACAUAUCCUUUCUAUGGUGUCAGUCUAUUGCUAAACUUUACUUUCUGCAUUGGAGAUAAAAACAUGUGCUGCGUCUUAUAGGUGUAAUUUAUAUACAUUUAAUGUGAUUAUUUUGGAAGUAUUUUAUAACCCAUGAAACAAGCUUACAUAAUGCUGGCCACUUUUUAUUGAGCUUCCUCAAAUUUUCUGAAAACAGUAGUAGAAGAUUUAUAUACAUUACUUGUUUUAAUGGUCACCAAAACCCUGCAUUGUUGUAAUUACAUACAACAAAUAAAUGAGUUAAUAGAAGACCAAGAAAGGAUGGGUGACUGGAAAAGGACAAAUAGCCAGAAAAGGGCAGAGGCAAGAUUCAACCAAUAUUUUUUCCAAAUAGAAGCUUUACUUUUUCUUUCUACUCAGAGCUAACACAACAGCAUUAUUUAAAUAUCCUUAAGAAUAGUGAGUGAAAUUAAGAAAAAUGGUGAUGGGAAUUACUGAAUAACUGCUCUGACAGAAUUAACACCUUGAUAAAAAUCUAUACUUAUAUUUUAGAACUCCUAGGCUUUCACAUAUGGUUUAGAUAGCUUUUAUGAAUCAAGUAUGAGGUGAAAAGUGAAGAAUAAAUGUUUAAGAUGCAAGAAAAUGGUAUGCCAUCCCACCCAAGCUUAUAUUUUUAAGUUCCAUUGUACUCAUAUUGUCAAACAUAAACAAAUCACAAAUGACAUGAAAUACCAAAGACAUAAACAUUUCCUUUGCUUUUGGAAAAUAGCUGAGAAAAAGCAGAAAAUUUUUAGAAAUAAAAAUUUUUUUUCGAAGUAGCUAACUAAAUGCCUUCUUAGGGAUUAAGAUACAUUUCUGUUUGUAAUCUUAAUAGUUUUACUUUAUAAAAGUCAAGCAUCCCAGUAAAAACAGAGUAUUCUAUCACACUUAAUUUUUAAAUUGCAUCUCUAAAAUUGUAGUUAUACAUACCAAUUCCUAACCUUCUAGAACACUGCACAAUAGGUUUUAAUCAUGGGAAUGAAUAAUUGCUCAGCAAAGCAGCACUGCCUCAAUUGUGAUAUGAUUUGGAAAUCAAUAUUCCUAUUUUCCAAGUAAAAAGAUUCCAUAAGCAGGAACUUUGGGAUCUUUGUGGUUUCAUCGAUCAAGAGAACGUUUCUGAGCAGCUUCUGAACAAACAUUCCUUAACAGGUUGAUCACAGAUCUGGGGUCUUCACUCUUCAUAAUGGCACUGCCAGACACAAUCAUGUUAGCUCCUGCCUGGAAGAAGCAAACACUUAGGUUAUGCCUUAAAGAUGCAAAGCCCUAAAAGAGAAUUAGUGGACACGAGUUUAUACCCUUGCCUUUGUCAACACUUUGUAUGAAAGCCACUUUGAUAUUUAAUUGAAUGAGGUAAGAAGUUAAAAUGUUCACAAAUGAUGUAAAAUUAAUUUUAGAUACACCUAAGUGAUCAUAAAACUUUCUGAAUCCUCAGUUGCAACAAGCUUUUUUCUAAUAUGAGGAACUUUUUUACAUAUUCAUGGAAAAUGGUAUUAAUGAUAAAGUUAAAGGUAGGUUUAUUUUGAUGCAAAACAUUUUUGAGAUUCAUGCACAUGAGGGGUCUACAAAGCAGUGAUGGAGAUUAAAUAUUAUGGAAAAAACUACAUAUGAAUUCUAAAAUUAUUUUGAACCAAAUAAGCAUCUUUAAUUCCAUUCUUCCCUAUAAGCUUUCUGAAAUACCCUCAUAUACUAAUGUCCCCACAGAUACUAAAAGAACAGUCUUUUAAUCUUCUAAAAGAUAAUCUUAAAAGAAUGGCACAUGACUUCAUGCCUCAGUGCAUUUCACUGAAAUGCUCAGCUUCCUAGGAUUUGACUUUAGGAAUCAACCCCAAUCUAUUAUGUGAUUCACUGAUAGAAGAAAGGCGCGGAUGGGGGAAACCACAAGCUGUGGAAAACACCUCCAAUGAAACUUUGUUACUCAUUGCAUCUCCGGCAACAGUCAACAGAAAAGUUAAGUUUUACAGGAUUACCACUUAACUUCUCUUCAUUUAAUCAGCAAAGCACAAUUCAGUAAAAAGCAAUUCCAAAGGGGUCAAAAGGUGCAUGCUCACUACUCAUCUGGCCAACUCCUCUUUCCUAAGUGUCUCUCACUGCCAAGCUUUUAAUAGGUAUGUACCAAGCAGCAAAGUGUUGUCACUUACAGAAGAACUUCGAAGUGCAGAUACACUACACUGCUGAAUAAAAGCAAGCCAUUAGGUUUUAACUACCUGUUGUGCUACAGGAAGGGCUAGCACCUUCUACAAAUCUCAAGACCCUGACUAAAAAAAUAAAUAACAGAAACUUAUCACAUGUCUACAUAGAGAAUCACUGGAGUAUCCAAAGAGGCCACUGUCAGGUAUCUGACCUUGAUUUUCAUCAAAAAUGGUGCUACUCAGUUUUUAAAAUGGACAAAAUAGAUAACCAAUACACUUUCUAUUCUUCCCCUUUGAGAAAAGUUUUCCCUAUUUUGGAAAAAUCUUUCAUCCCAAGGGUCUAGAUAUGAGCCUUCAAAGGACUGGCAUUCAGCAUACUCUUUUUUUAAACAAAGAAUUUUCUUCAGUUUCACUUAGACAACCAGGAUUUACCAUUUAACAAUUUAUGUGAUUUUGGAAUAUUCAUUUAUUGCAAUUUAUCUUCCUACUUCUACAUUUAAACAAAAAGUACUUUUCAAUUAAAAAAAUAUUAAUUUAGGAAAUGUAGGUGAAAUCUUUUUGGUCUACAAGAAAAUGCCUUAGAAAUUAUAUUUGACAGGAAAGUGGUCUAGUGCCGGGGGAAGUAGUCUCACCUCUGCACACUUAUGAACAGUGUCAGGACCUACUCCACCAUCGACCUCUAUAUCCAAAGAAGGGAACUGGGUCCUCAACCAGUGAACCUAGAUAUACACGAGGAAAUAAGUGACUCCUAAAGUGGGUAUGUGGGGGAAAAAAACAACCAAAUAAACAAGAAAGUCAAAUAGCCAAUGUUAGUCAUUAAAUCUCCAAAUCUCUCACAUUAUGUACAGAUCUCUCAUAUAAUGUACAGACAUUACUGGGGAACACUUGCCUUUUAAUGAAACAAAUUAAGUUUUAUAAAAGCACGUUUUAUUCUGUUUGGCAAAUAGCAUUCAAUUUGUCAUAACUUCACAAACUGUAUUUCAUAACUUCACAAACUGUAUUUGUUAAAGACAAACCUUUAACAUUCAAGGAAAACUCCCAAGAAACCUAAAGAUUACAGAGAUAACAGUUUCAGAAGAAACUGUGAAGAUGAAGAUGUAGUAUUAUUUCUGAUUUCCAAAACCUGAGAUCUAUGACAAUGUUUAUCAUAUAUUACAAUGAUCUAUAAGCAUCUCUAUGUCCUCACUUUCAGAAUAGGCCAUGUCUAAAUAUAUAAGUCUUUUAAUUUAUGAAACUCUGAAUAUAUAUUUAUGCUUAAAUAUUCAAGCCUUUCGUGCUUACUGAAUGAGCACAUUCAAUAAAAGCCUCACCCCAGAAUCCAAUACUUCUUUUACCUUUGGCAUCAUAUCUUCCAUGAAUUUCUGUCCUCCAAAACCAGGUUCCACUGUCAUAACCAAGGCCAUAUCUAUCUGAUUAGCCCAUGGUGCCAAAUACUCUACUGUAGUUCCUGGCUUGAUAGCAAGGCCAACCUAUAACAGAAACAAAGUUGCUACAUCAUAUUAGCAGUUAUUUCUGUAUAAUAUUAUUUUGGCAUUUCAAUCCUCAUAGAAAUAUUUUUAUAAAAUAACAAAUGGAAUAAAAAAUUAUUCAUACCAUUACAUUAACUUAAAAAAAGUUAAUUUGGUAAAAAAUUAAUAUGACUAUCAAAAAUAAAUCCAAAAGGCAGUAACUUUCAGGAAACAGUAGAUACACGUACAUACUCUCUGACAAACAAGUCAGACUUAAAAUCUGGCCUCACGGCUGAAGAAUAACUGCUUAGGUCAGGUCUUAUCAUUUCCUGUUUUCUACCAAAUCUUCAAAACUCUGAGUGAUUAGUAUGUUAUUACGGGACUGUUGACUUCUUACCUUCAUACCAUUCUCCCGAAUGUCUUUAAUCAAAGCCCCUGGGUUCUCAGUAGCUUCAAGAUGAAAGGUAUACUGAUUGGCUCCUGCUACAGCCAUUGGCUUUACCCACUGUUCUGGCCUGGAGACCAUCAUGUGCAUGUC